GUUAAUGAGAGCAUCCAUAGCACAUCUUCUGCUUCGUCCGUCGCUACUCAUUUCUUGCUCCUCGCCACAAUGGACGAGGCACCAACUCCCACGGCCCCUUCCCGGGGCGCCAGCGAGGAGGUGUGGCAGGCCAAGCUCUUGGCGCACUGGGGCGAAUCGGAAAAUACAAAUGGUUGGAAGUUGCUCACGGGCAAGAAUAACGGUGAUUCUCUCGACAUUGAGUCAGAUGAUGCCAAGGCUAAGCUCGGUGCCUGGAAAUGGUCCACCGAGCACAAUGAGUGGGCUUUGGACAAUGGAGUGGAGGAGAGAAGUCGCCUUCGCAUGGACUUUCUCUUCAGCCGUGCUGUUAAAAUCGAUAAAACGGAUGCGACCGAGUAUCUAGUGGUGGAAGUGAAGGUCGCCCGCUUGCAUGAAGGUGCCUAUGGCUACAAGGCUUCCGAGACGUACGGUGCCAUCCAAACGGAAAAAGAGAAAAAAGUGGACGAUGCUUCUCAAAAGUGGGCGCUUCAGAUUCCUAAUGGCAGAGGGGACUACCUGUGCACCAGCCUUGACAUUCAGAAAUGGCGUGCCCGCAAUCAAGCCAGAUGCUACGCAACCAUCCUGCGCACACAGCUUGGCUCACCUUGUGUCCAGUACAUGACGAUCAUUGGGGUCGACAAAGGUGGUGAUGACCAGAGCUCUACCAUCUCGAGCACUCUUCGGAGACCAUCAUCGGGCAUCCUUGGUCGGUUUUACGCGGACAACAAGAGGAGCAACGCCUUUGAUCUUCGCAUCCAGUUGAUUCAGUCCAAGUCUGUGGAUACUUCAGCUAUUGGUGUAGACAAGCUUGCAGCGCAGCUCCAGGUUGUCUAUUUGUUUGAGGAUGACGAGUAGCUAUUGCCUUCGAACACUUUUCUCAGCACCCAUUGUGAGUCUCAUCGCUGAACCCCCAGAGGUUUGAUACAUCUUUCCACUCACUGACUGACACACUUUGAGGUGUGCGUCGCAAUAAGAACGUUCCUGUUUCUUCUUGUCGUGUUUGACACGACUGUGAGGACCGUACAACAGGUUCAAUUGACAGCACGAGAAUUC